UUAUAGACAGUACUACAACCUCCCCAGAUGAGUGACUCUUUCAUUGCUUUGGUUUUCUUUGUUAAUUUGCGAAGAUACUUUAUCUGAAAAUUAGAAAAAUGAACGACAUAGAAAUGGCAGAAUUGGGGCAGACACGUGGAGUCGGUGGAGAGGACCCGAGCAGUGAAUUUAAUGGGAGGGAAAGAACACUAGAUGAAUACCGUGCCCUGUGUCGUCCCCUCCAUCAAGCUGUCUUAAAAGAUGAUUGGCCGGCUGCUGAGGCUUUUCUUAGGGAAUACCCAGACUGUGUUCGAGCUCCCAUAACGAAAGAGAAAGAGACAGCACUUCACAUUGCCGUGAUUGCAGAACGCACCAGUUUUAUAGAAGAAUUGUUGACAUUGACUACUCCGGGGGACUUGGAAUUGAAAACAGCAUAUGAAUAUACGGCCCUUCACCUUGCUGCUCAAUCAGGAAACGUCAUAAUUGCUGAGCAGCUGGUGGAAAGCAACCGUAGACCGCUACUGAUCCCAGAUGCAAACGACCACGGAGACAUGCCACUCAACGUCGCAGCAUGUCUAGGACAUGCAAACAUGAUCUCAUAUCUAUUACCUAAGACUCCUCUUGGAGAGUUAGCUCCUGAUAAAAAAACUAAGCUCCUUCAUUUUACCAUUCACAAUGAUUUCUAUGAUAUAGCAUUGGAUAUUCUGGAAAACUAUCCAAACAUAGCAACUGCCAGCAGUGAAUGCUGGCGUGGAGCGUUGGACCUGUUGGCCAGGAAACCUUUUGCAAUUGGCAGCGAAAGUAGUGAUCAGCUACCAUUCUGGAAAACUCUCUUGAAAAACUCCUUGUUCAAAGGGAUCCAUGACAAAGCUUUGAUGAAGACUAAUGCCCAUCGAUUAGUUGACGAACUUUGGAAAAAGGUUAUAAAUGAUCAAGAGCCACAGUACUUCUCAUCAGAAUUGAUUCCCUCUCACAGUACUUUACUUUUUGAAGCUGCAAAAGUUGGAAAUGUUGAAUUUAUAAUUAUAAUUGCACGCUCUUAUCCUGAGCUUUUAUGCCAACAAGAUGAAACGGGAAUGAGUAUAUUUCACUUUGCUAUUAAACAUCGGCACGAGAAUGUCUUCAAUCUAAUAUAUGAGAUAGGUGGUACCAAGGAUAGCCUUGCAACCUAUUCUAAUUCAGACACCAACGAGAACAUGUUGCAUUUAGCUGGACAAUUGCCUGAUUCAGAUCGACUAAAUAUUGUAUCAGGAGCAGCCCUCCAAAUGCAACGAGAGUUGUUGUGGUUUAAGGCGAUAAAAAAGAUUGUGCCAAAGUCAUUUGUGAAACAGAAGAAUGAAGAAGGCAAAACACCUGAGGAGAUGUUUACAAAGACACAUAAAGUUUUGCUAGAGAGUGGUGAAAAGUGGAUGAAGGACACAGCAAACUAUUGUAUGCUCGUGGCAACAUUGAUUACCACAGUUAUUUUUGCUGCAGCCUUCACUGUACCAGGUGGCAACAAUAAAAAAACUGACAUUCCUAUUUUUUCGAGAAAAACCUUGUUGGAAGUAUUCUUCAUAUCAGAUGCAAUAGCACUGUGUUCAUCUUCGACUUCAAUAGUAAUUUUCUUAUCAAUUCUCACGUCACGUUACACAGAAGUUGAUUUCUUAAAGUCAUUACCUUCAAAGUUGGUGUUUGGACUUGUCACACUCUUCAUUUCCAUGGUGGGCAUGAUGGUCGCCUUUAUCACAACUUGGUUUUUGGUGUAUACAAGCGCAAGUGCACGGAUUUCGGCUGCAGUUGUAAUCACUUCAGCUAGUAUCCCAAUUACCUUGUUUGUUCUGCUACAUCAUAAACUUUGGGUUGAUACACUCUCCUCAACAUACAAGUCUAGAUUUCUUUUUCGGCCAAAUAAACACAGACUUUUCUAAUGGAAGAUGCCGAUUGGGGAAUUGAUCAACAGAAAAUAUGAAGUUCAAGGCAAACAAAAAGGAAGGAAAUUUGUUGGAGAUUCACAUGUUGUUGAACAAGGGAGGUUAAGGAAAGAAUUGAUCGCAAAUAAAGACUUUGGAAUGAUGUCGGCUUAACUAUUCCACCAAGAUUUAUUGUGGUUUAUACAUACUAGCCUAUAACUAACGCUAUGCUCAGGUUUUUCAUUAUAAUUUAAUUUUAAAAAUAUUUUUGUGAAAA